AGAGUGGUGAAGCAAAAGGAUUCCAGUUGAUGCUUUGUAUCCCUUGAUAGCACAAAUUUUCUCUCUCUCUCUCUCUCUCUCUCUCUCUCAAGUUAUUUGGUAGUGUAUGUAUGUAUGUUAUGUGCAGAGGUAGGCACUAGGCAGUAUAUGAAUACAUAAUAGCUUAGGGUGAAGGUGUAUAUACAGGGCAAGAAGGGGAUUAGAAGCAAGAUUCUUCUUUUCUUCUAAGUCGUCACAUAUAUCAAGAGAUAAAAAAGACAAAUAUAUAAAAACCAAGCAGAGGGUGAGGCAGAGAGAUAUUUGAACAAAAAUGGAGAAAGAGAGUGAAGUGAAAGCAUCGAAAUUCAAGAGGAUUUGUGUCUUCUGUGGGAGUAGCCAAGGCAAGAAGAGUAGCUACCAAGAAGCUGCUGUUCAACUCGGCAACGUUUUGGUUUCUAGGAACAUUGAUUUGGUCUAUGGAGGAGGCAGCAUAGGCCUGAUGGGAUUGGUUUCACAAGCUGUUCAUGAUGGUGGUCGGCAUGUAAUUGGGGUGAUUCCCAAGACACUCAUGCCUCGAGAGUUAACUGGUGAAACAGUAGGGGAAGUGAAAGCAGUUGCAGAUAUGCAUCAAAGGAAAGCCGAGAUGGCUAAGCAUUCAGAUGCUUUUAUUGCCUUACCAGGAGGUUAUGGAACUCUGGAGGAAUUGCUUGAAGUCAUAACCUGGGCUCAACUCGGCAUCCAUGAUAAACCGGUAGGGCUGCUGAACGUGGACGGAUACUAUAACUCGUUGCUCUCGUUCAUUGACAAAGCUGUAGAGGAAGGUUUCAUUAGUCCGAACGCUCGCCACAUUAUCGUCUCUGCUCCUACAGCAACGGAGCUGGUCAAGAAAUUAGAGGAAUAUGUACCACGCCAUGAACGAGUUGCUCCGAAGCUGAGCUGGGAGAUGGAGCAGCAGCUCGGUUACUCCCAGAAGUACGAUAUUUCCAGGUGAAAAAAUGGAGUCUGCAGCAUAGAGGGAUAUCAUUGGCAUUGCAAGAAUUAAGCUAACUUGGGAUUUUUAAAAUUUUUGUUGUGGGGGAAAUCUUUUUGUAAAUUUCUAUCUGGAAAUGACCUCUCUUUAUAUGAGACUUACCUAUUAAUUUCCCUUCACAUGGAAAUUUAGUUCGAGUUGCAAUUUGUAAUAUAACUAGUAAAAUCUAUUAUGUAAUUCCCAAGCUAAUAUCAACUUUACUAGUUUUGUCCUA